UAAAGCAGGAAAGGAGGUAUACCCUUAUAACCUAAGUCUACUGAGCUUCCAUCAGUUCCUUCAUGGAAGGAGUCCACUGGUAUUCUGGGUCAGUCAUGGAUCCAAUUCCUCUUUGUUCUCUGAGAUGUACAUUGGAAGCUUCUGAAAUUUUAAUGAAGACACCAGAUCCCAGAAGGCAGCAGCCAGUGACAGGUGUGAAUUUGCAGGACAUUGGAGCAUCUGUCUGAGCCCCUGAUUCUCUGCAGAGCUUUCAGAGCAGCUGGCUGGAGACAGACAAUGGCAACCGGGACCCGACUCACACAAAUCAAGAAAAGAAGAUAAAGCAGUAGCUGUAAACCACAUCAGCUGGUGGAUCCCAACUGUUUGCUUGCUGCAAUUCUCUUGUUUCUGGAAGAAACAACUAGGGCAGAAGGAGCAAACACAGCCUGUUGCCAAGAUGACUCAGGCAUUCUGGAAGAUCUAUAAGACCAAAGUCUUGCAAACCCUUGGUGGAGAACCGCAGGAGGAGGACCUCCAAGACGAGAGAGAGAACCCUGAGAUGAUGGAAACCACAGACUCCACACUACUGACAGAUGGAACAAAUCCUGUUUCUCAGCUGGCACGGCGGGUCCAGGGAGUGGGCGCCAAAGGCUGGAGGACCAUGUCAGCUUUGUUCACCAGGGAGGAUGAACAUCAAUUGCUAGCCCCUGAGCCUUGUGCUGACCACCCUCUAGCAGCAAAGCCAGUAGAGGAACCCUCCGCCGAGAAGAAAGCCGCCAGCCUUUGGGAUGUCUUUGCUACUAAGUGGCAACAGACUGCUGCUCUGGAAAAGAUGGCUAUGAAGCCUGAAACCCAAGAGCAGGUGGCCGAGGGAAGCGAGGCAUCCGAGGAAAUGGCAGCUGAGGAGGCUAGCCACACCAGCCACGACAAUGACCUCCGAGAGGCCGAAGGAGUGGCCUUCAAGUGGAGCUUUCUGACCAACAAACUGGCUGAAAUGAAAAACAAAAACAUCCCCAAAAGCAACUAGAACAGACAUGGGAAAGGACAUGAGUGUUCAGCCUUCUUCUGGCACAGGAUGCAACGAACUGGCAAGUGGCUAAACCUUUUUCAAUCACUCACAGUGGUACAGCUGAAUAUCAAGUGAAGAAGAAUCCAUGGUGGUGUUAACUUGGAUUUGUGUUGUUAACCAUCGAAAUGUUAGGACCCUCCUCUCAACACACGUUUCCGACAAGAUCCAUUCCAACUCACCCCGUCUUUCCUUCUCAGGCCUAUCUUGAAAGAUACACAUGGGCAGUUUGGAAUGUCUGUUUUGCAAGGAAUUGCUAUCCUGAAAAAGAGACACUUGUCCCGUUCCAGGCCUACAUACUCUGUGCUUCUUAACAAGACCCCCCUACUCACCAUCAAUCCAAGCAACUAAUCAAAGAGAAAGAGAAAGUUCUUGCAUGAGCCUGAGUCGGCACGACAUGUGUUAGAUAAGUCUGCUGGACUUGGGUGGAGGAGACCUGGGUUCAGAUUUCUGCUAUGCUGGAAGCUCAUUGGACAAGGAACCAUCUUUCAGCCCAACAUACCUCACAG